GAAUAAGAUUCAUUAAUAAAUACAUUUGAUUUUGAUUUAUUUUUAUCGUCGGUCACCGAUGACUGGCGCGGCGUGAACUGAACGUUAAGCAUUGGUCACCGGUGACCGAUGCGGCGUGAACGGAACGUUUAGCAUUGGUCAUCAAAGAUUCGGCGUAAACAUAGAAUGCUGAGUCAGACGUAAUAAAAUUCUGUAUUACGCCGUGUCGAUUUUUAUCAUAAUACAAAACAUAGGCCAAUAUAAGAAAAAAAAUGUCGUCGGAAGAAAGUAGCGAUUUGAGUGAUUCAUCAUGUGAAAUGUAUUUGUUAUUGUCAAAACGUCGUAAAAUAUCGUCUGAUGACGAAAGGGAAAGUGAUUACGAAGAUAGUAGUUCUGAUAACUGUAAUCGUAACGCUAUUAAUGAAGAAUGGUUCGAUCCUGUUGAAAAAAAACCUCGUCUGAAACCUUUUCUAUAUACAACAGGCAUCGACACAUCCAAUAGUAAAGUUUUAACAUGCCAAGAACCAAUCGAUUUUUAUUCGUUAUUGGUCACAGAUGAAAUAUUUGAAACCAUAGCAUGUCAGACAAAUUUGUACGCGAACGAAGUACUAACAAGCAAUAAAUCGAAUCGUCUGAGUGCCUGGUAUUCAACAGACAAAUGUGAAAUUAAAAGAUUUUUUGGUUUAAUUAUGUGGAUGGGUCUUGUAAAGCUGCCAACUGUACAUUUGUAUUGGUCAAAAGAUGUAUGUUUUGAACAGAGUUUUCCGCGCGCUAUAAUGUCUCGAAAUAGAUUCGAAAUGUUACUACGGAUGAUCCAGUUUGCCGAAAACAAACAAGUCGACGAACCAGAGAACCAAUUACUUAAAAUAAAAGAGUUAAUCGACGCAUUGAAUACAAAUUUUAAAGAAUAUUUUACUCCAGGUGAAAUCGUUUGCGUAAGUGAAUCGAUAAUUCCAUUCCAUGGUCGGAUUAUAUAUAGGCAACAUAUAAAAGAUAAGCAGUAUAGACAUGGGAUUAAAUUGAUCAAAUUAUGCACUACAUCGGGAUAUACAUAUAGUUUACAAGUACAUCCUGGAAAAACUAGUACGAGACAAAAUACAAUUGCCACGAGUAUUGUAAUGUCUUUAUGUGAAAAUAUAAUAGGCAAAGGACACGUACUGUGUACAGAUAAUUGUUACAUAAAUAUUGACUUGGCUAAAAAAUUAAUCGAGGUCGACACUUACUUGAUCGGAACGCUAAGAACUACUUAUCGUAGUAUUCCUACGGAAAUGAAAUCGAAGAUUUUAAAACCAGGCGAAAUAAUUGUAAAAGAGAAUAAAGAUGGAAUUAUUAUUUUCAAAUUAAAAGAUAAAGAGGAAGUAUAUAUUCUUUCUACGAAACAUUCGACUGAAAUGGUCGCCACAACAAGACAUGGCAAUUCAUAUUUGAAACCAAAAAUUAUUAUAGAUUACAACGAAGGGAAGUCGUACAUUGAUCAGUCAAACCAGAUGUCGUCACAUAUCAAUGAAUUACGAAAAACAAUUAAGUGGUACAAAAGGCUGGCAUUCGAAGUUUUAUUGAAUACAUCGGUAGUUAAUGCGAUGAUAAUGUUUAAUAGCAAGAAAAAUACACGUAUAUCGUGUUUGGAUUUUAAAAGAAAAAUAGUUAUGUGCUUGACUGCACGUACGGAUCAGGAUGUUUUACCUUCACCUUCAACGAAUGCGACGGUAAAACGUCACGAAAUGGAAACCAAGGAAGGAAAAGCGUGGCGGGCAAGACGACAAUGUAGACGAUGUUACGAAGAAAAUGUAAAGAAGUUUGGAAGACAAUUCGCGAAAAACAGAUCGGUGAAAGUUGUAACAUUUUGUAAAGAUUGUGAUGGCAUGCCUCAUUAUUGUUUGCCGUGUUUCAACAUCAUACACCGAAACAUGUCUAAUUAAAAAUGUGUUUAAUAUGUUUAUAAAAAUAUUAUAGGUCUUCAUUUUUAAUCAUUUUGAAUAUGUAUGUGUCAUAAAUAUAUGAGUUUAUAAAGAAGUUUUGAUGAAGGUAAAUGUAUAACAAGUAAGA